CACUGAAAUUACGCAUUUCAAUGCCACUAGUCGAUAUGAGUGUGUGGCAAUAAAAAAAAAAUUGUGUUUUUUUUUAGUUUUAAAUUAAACUGAAUGCAUUUUCAUGUGUCGUAUUUGAGAAUAUUUCCGUAUCUCCAAAUACGAUUGUCUUCAGAAAAAAAGUUAUUGUCGAUAAGUGAGUAGUGCCUCGUCAACAAAAUCGUAUUGUAUUGGAUUUUAUUGUUUACAUUCUAUCGAUUGGUGGCAUAAAGAUGUAUUGAGCUUUAAAUAAACAAAACAAACGAAAAAAUCACGUUCUAAAUAUGCAGCAGUAUUUCACGCGAUAACACAAUUAAGUCAAUGUCACAAAUCUAAUUAGUCUGUGUUUUUAUACGAAACUAAUUUGUGGUGUAUUUACGCAGUAAAGAGAAAGUUUUCAUUUUUGUUCGUUCAUGUGGAUUAUCUACGACACAUAAACAAAUGCAAACAAAGAUAUCUAAAUCUUGGGUGAGAUAUAAUGAGCGGUCGAUUAUUUGGUGAUAGCAAAAAUUGCACUAUGCUACUUAAAAAUUUAAUGGACAGUGUUAAGGAGGUACAAAAUGUGUAUGGGAAAAAUAAAACACUUUUGGCUACUGAAAAAGAUACAAGAGUUCAAAGAAUGUGUACAAAUUGGGAAUCAGCACUAUCGCAUGGACUAAAAACCACAUCAGUAUUCAAGAAUAUUGUGUCGGGAAAUUUAAAAACAGAAUUACCAACAACUUCGUUCUGGGAAUUUGCCUUCAAGCAUUUAACGAACCAUGAAAAGGAGCGAUUUUCAACGCUACGUUAUGUUUACACAGAUCACGGUAAAGUGCGAUCACUGAUACGAGCCGCUUUGAAUGAACGUGCAUUAGAACGAUACAUUUCGGAGUGGUUAAGUGAUACGACUGGAUUGAAUACGUAUUUUGAAAGUUGGGCGUUAAUUCGUGAUAAUGAAGCGAGCAACCUCUUACCAUCGAUUGCAGCCGGUCUUGGAUCGAUUUUAUUUGCCGUUACAGUCGAUAGUCCGGAAUUGAAUGUUUCAACACUGGCUGAAUCGGUAUCUCCGCGGCAAACGAAUGAAAUUAUUAUUGCAGUACCAACGGUGAGCAGUUCAACCGAACGAAAAUCAGUUGCGCCAAAAAAAGCGGCGGUCAUAUCAUUCGAAGAAGAUGAAAAUAGUUCGUUGGUCAAUGAUAAUGUGUUAAAUUCAUCGACGCCACCAACUUGUGUGUCUCUAGCCGAUGCCUGCUUGAAGUAUCAGGAAAAACAGAAAUUGGCCGAAGAAAAAUCGAAGCCAUUCACGACCGAUUCUACUUAUGAACGACUCCAUGCCGAACCGAUAAAUAUUAUUGCUACUAAUUCAAGAAUACUAUCCAAUGAAACCGAUUACAUUGAACCUGAGUUUCCAACAUCGAUAAAAAUGAUCAAACCAGCGAUACAAACAUAUCCAUCGAAUUCAUAUGACUACAAAGAAACGGAUUCAAAUCAAUCAAAAGCGACUGAUAGCAGCAGUGUAACCUCGGAUACAACAACAAAUUCUUCAAAUUCAUCACCAAAUCAAGUCACUUCCCAGCCAUCGCAUUCCACAUCGAUGAGCAGUUCAAUCAGUAAUACAACGUCUUCAAUCGAAGAGAAUGAAAAUGAUGACGAAGAGCAUGAAAAUGACGAUGAAAAUAAGAAUGAGUUACGCAUUCAAGAGCUAACGACCACUGAAAGUGAACAUAUCGCACGGAUCCGAGAGCUAGAACAACGAUGCGCUUUAUUGGAAGACAGAUUAACUGCGUUGACACUUGAAAACACGCGACUGAGAUCCGUUCACCACAAUCUUGUAGUGAGUCGACAAAGUUCAAAGCAUUUUAUGGUGAGCAUUCCGCGAGUUUUACUCCAGCGACGUGAUGAUUUGAAUAAAAAAUACUUUGCAUACGAGAUUCAAAUCACACCAGUGUCUGGGGACAAUGGAAAAUGGUCAUUGCUUCGACGAUACAGUGAAUUCCAUCGAAUGGAUAAAUAUCUGCGGAUGAGCAAUCCAAUGAUAAAAACGCUUGAUUUUCCACCGAAAAAGAGUUUCGGUAACAUGAAUGCUGACUUCGUUGAGAUGCGACGACAGCGAUUACAAGUCUACUUAUUGGGUGUGUUAUCAAUGAUGCCAGAAAUAUCAUGCUGCACGACAAGGUCACAAUUGGAGCAAACAUUUCCAUUUUUCAAACAGAGUCAUCGGUUGUAAAAGGUCAUUGUUCCCGUACACGUACGAUAACCUCACAAAAACUUAAGCGGUUUAAGCGGUUGAAUCUCCAUUUUGAUAAAGUAAACAUUAAGUAAAAUGAGAUUUACACGAAAAGAGAGCGAUUGUUUUAUAUUUGUAAGGAAAGAAAUUUUUAUGAAUAUAUAUGUAUAUGAGCUGAAACAAAUUUAGUAUUCACAAUCAAUUUAUUUGUGACACACAGAGAUUUAUUCAAAUAAAACUA